UAGGGGGUAGGGAGUGUAGAAAAGGGGACUGUUGUCAUUACACUUCCCUCUCUCGCAAAGAGACAAAGGGGGACAAAAAAGCCCACAAGACGCUCACCAAGCGUAAAAUAAGUCCAUUGGAUCAGGAGGUGCGUUCAUAUACAGACAUGCCUUGCAAACUCUGGCUUGCUCUGUCAGUGUGGCUUUUGAUGCCAACCUCUGAAGCUGGAAGGCAGAUGCCUAAGCUUGCUGACAAGAAACUCUGCGCUGACUCCGAAUGCAGCCACCCUAUCUUGAUAGCUCGUGCAGUGCAGGACUACUACCCUGGAGAUUGCAGGUUCAUCCCCAUCAGACAGGGGCAGCUCGUCUAUGUCUAUGCAAUGCUAAAAGACAGAGGGAACCUCUUCUGGGCUGGCAGUGUACAAGACUCAUAUUACGGACAACAGGAGGCUCGCAUUGGCCACUUCCCCAGCAGCGUAGUGGAGGAGAUGCAUCCUCUCAUGCCAGCCAGCACUGAAAUCAGAACUACUAAAUGGGACUUCUACUGUUACUGAUAAUGGCUUUACCAAUCAGGAGGAACACCUUUUUGUCAACUACUUUACAAGAUGACGUUUUUAUUUGGUAUCAUAUGAUCUUACACACACUGUUGACAGUAUACACUACGUAUAUCCAUCUGCAAUUUGGGGGGGUAUGGGCAACAGCUCAGCAUAGCAACAAAUGAUUGUGAAAGGUAAUCAGCUUUAAUAAUCAGGAUUUCCAAGUGCUGAUACAAGAACCAUUGCUGCUUAAUGCUUUGUAUUGGACUAGUUUCUGUCUGUUUUAUUGAUUGAUAGAAAAGUCUCCCAGCCUACAUUCUCUGUAAUACUCCUUCAUGCUGUUUAUAUCUGUUUUUCAGGUAUUAAAAGAUAUUAAACAAUAUGUUUUUAAAAAAGGGACAAAAAUUAAAUGUACAUGUUUUUUCUCCACUACUAUUACUACUAGUACAACUACUUUUUCUUGCUGAUUGUGUAUCACAGAAACUAUGUCUUCAACAAGCAUCAUCAUCUUGCUAAAACGUACUAAAAAAACAACAAUGAAGGGUUUUCUGUCCUAAUUCCCCAAUGUUAUAUUGCGGAAUUAUAUCAAAAGGCAUUAGGAAUAUUUCCAAUGCACAGGCAGGAUAUAAAAGUGUAUAAAAUGUGUAUUUGCUUGUUCGCUAGUAGAAUACUAAAGAAAUUGAAAGCAUACACCUGACAAAAACAAAUAAAUACAGCUUGAUACAUCACCUUCUACCUAGAGGUACUCCAUGUUGUUAUGUGUUAUGUUAUGUUCUUUUGAAAACAGAAAGACUACAGGCAUAAAAAGAACACACAGCAGGGCUAUGAUUUCGAGUUUCAACGUUUAUUCUACUGGAUGUUUUCCGUGUUAAUAUGCCAGAGGGUUGUUGCCAAAAUA